CUUGACCUUGUUUUAUUCUUAGGUCAGGGACUCUCAGCGCAGCCUCCGUCUCACACCUCUUCCCUUGUCUCGUACCACUACAAUUCUCAAACACUCCUGGCUCCCUCGGUUUCAUCUUGCUUUCUUUCCUUCGCGCAACAAUCACUCUCUUUAGAUCUCUGCGGCGUUCCAGGUCAAUUGUCUUGCCUGUAGUACAAAACCUACACAACGAGUCCUUCUUCAAAAGCCACGCGCCAAACAGAACCAUGAUAUUCUGAUCCUCUCGGUCAUACUCUACCUACCUCCUUUUACCGGAUAUAAUAUAGAGAUGGCCCUUUUGGAAAGCGGCGGCCAGGAGCCGCUUCUGAAUUCGAAACCGGCUCACUAUGCGACGACUACGUUGAAGGUGGAUGGAAUGACCUGUGGCGCCUGUACUUCCGCCGUGGAAUCAGGCUUUCAGGGAGUCGAGGGCGCAGGGGCAGUUUCUGUUAGUCUAAUGAUGGGAAGAGCCGUGGUACACCAUGACCCUACAGUUCUGCCGGCGGAAAAGGUUGCGGAAAUCAUUGAAGAUCGUGGAUUCGAUGCCGAAGUCCUUACCACCGACAUGCCUCAACCGAUUGAGUCAACCGCCGACGACGACCUUUCUCCCGCCUCUGGGCCGCAGCUCACAAACACCACCAUAUCCGUACAAGGGAUGACUUGUGGCGCAUGCACUUCCGCUGUCGAGGCUGGCUUCAAAGACGUGCCGGGUGUCAAGAGCAUGAGCAUCUCGCUCCUCGCCGGACGCGCAAUUGUGCAGCACGAUGCGGCCAUCAUCGAUGCCGAUGCACUGGCUGAGAUCGUCGAAGAUUGUGGCUUUGAUGCUUCAAUUGUGGACUCAAAAGUACAAGAGGAUAAGCCUGCACUUCGCGUGUCCACCAAAGAACAAUCACAGAGUACGUGGACAACAACAGUUGCGAUUGAAGGCAUGACUUGCGGGGCAUGCACUUCUUCGGUGGAAGGUGCUUUCAAGAACGUACCGGGCUUGGUCCGAUUCAAUAUCAGUUUGCUCGCGGAACGGGCAGUCGUCUCGCAUGAUCCCACGGUGCUACCAGCAGAAAAGAUUGUCGAACUCAUCGAAGAUGCAGGCUUUGACGCCAAGGUCGUCUCUUCUCAGGCCGAAAGCGCUCUGCAAGGGGUCCCCACACUCUCGCAGCAACUCAAAAUAUACGGUCUCCCUGACGGAAAGACUGCCACGGAACUCGAGGACGAGAUCCGAUCGAAACCGGGCGUCAAGAGUGCUGUCAUCAGCUUGUCGACUUCUCGGGCCAACAUAACGUAUGACCCUUCAAUGAUCGGUCUCAGAGCGCUUGUUGGCAUCGUUGAAGCAGCCGGCUUCAAUGCGUUGGUCGCAGAUUCAGAGGACAACAAUGCUCAACUGGAAUCUCUAGCCAAGACCAAAGAGAUUCAGGAGUGGAGGCGGGCUUUUUUGACCUCCUUGGGAUUUGCCAUUCCGGUUUUCUUUAUCAGCAUGAUCUUGCCUAUGUGUUUUCCGUCCCUGAAUUUCGGCGCCUUCCAAUUGAUACCCGGGCUAUUCUUGGGAGAUGUCAUUUGCUGUGCUUUGACGGUUCCUGUACAGUUCGGCAUUGGAAAGCGCUUUUAUAUCUCUGCGUACAAGAGCGUCAAACACAAAUCUCCCACCAUGGACGUGCUGGUGGUUCUCGGCACUUCGGCGGCGUUCUUCUUCAGCUGUUUCGCAGUCAUCGUCGCGGUCUUGUUCCCCCCUCACAACAAGCCUGGCACGGUCUUCGAUACAAGUACUAUGCUGAUCACUUUCAUCACUUUGGGCAGAUGGCUUGAGAAUCGCGCGAAGGGUCAGACCUCGAAGGCCUUGUCAAAUCUGAUGUCUCUGGCUCCUAGUAUGGCGACAAUCUAUGAGGAUCCUCUGUACGCAGAAAAAUUGGCAGGUACCUGGACGGCACCAUCAUCUCCAGUUUUGGAGAAGGUCCCGACAAAUGACUGGAACAAGGCGCCGGCUGGACAUAUUGGUCCAGCUGCCAUUGAGAAAGUCAUCCCAACGGAAUUGAUCGAAGUUGGAGACGUCGUGAUCCUGAGACCUGGUGAUAAAAUUCCAGCCGACGGAACUGUCACACGUGGCGAAAGUUUCGUCGACGAAAGCAUGGUUACGGGAGAAGCAAUGCCCAUCUUCAAGAAGAAAGGCAGUGUGCUCAUGGCUGGGACUGUCAAUGGAGCUGGCAAACUUGAUUUGAAAGUUACUCGUGCUGGUAAGGACACACAGCUCAGCCAAAUUGUGAACUUGGUGCAGGAAGCACAAACGAGCCGCGCUCCGAUUCAACGAAUGGCAGAUCUUGUCGCGGGCUACUUUGUCCCUGUCAUCAUCUUGCUCGGGCUCAUUACUUUCGUUGGUUGGAUGAUACUCAGCCACACCCUUCCAAACCCACCAAGGAUCUUCGUCGAUAACCAAAGCGGCGGAAAGUUCAUGGUCUGCCUGAAGCUUUGCAUCUCUGUCAUUGUCUUUGCUUGUCCUUGUGCUCUCGGCUUGGCCACUCCUACAGCGGUCAUGGUUGGAACCGGCACAGCAUCUCAGCAAGGUAUUCUUGUCAAGGGAGGUGCUGCUCUUGAGACGGCCACUCGCAUCACCCAUAUCAUUCUCGACAAGACUGGUACUCUCACCUUCGGCAAGCUCAAAGUGGCCGAACAACGGAUUGAACCUCUGUGGAGAUCUAAUGAAUGGAGGACCAAGCUGUGGUGGACCCUUGUUGGACUCGCUGAGUCAGGAUCUGAACAUCCCAUUGCGAAAUCUGUCCUUGCAGAGGCGAGAAAGCGGCUUGCUCUUGAACCAGAGGAUGCCUUCCCCGGACAAGUGGGCACUUUCGGUGUGACGGUUGGCCAGGGUGUCUCUGCUGUCAUCGAAGUCGAAACUCCGGGCGAACAAAACCAGUACAAAAUCUACGUGGGCAACGCAACCUUCCUGCACACCAAAAAGAUUGACAUUCCUUCCGACGUGGAAAGCGCAGUCACUGCGGCAAUGUCCCCUACUACCCGAACCAAGUCUAAGACCGGUAUCACAACCAUCUACGUGGCUAUCAACGGCCAAUUCGCUGGUACUCUCGGACUUUCAGACACGCUCAAACCCACUGCUCCAGCAGCCAUCGCAGCGUUGCACAAGAUGGGCAUCAGCACGUCCCUCGUGACUGGUGACACCUACAACACUGCUCUUUCCAUCGCAGAACUUGUUGGCAUUCCCAAGGACUCAAUUCGGGCCUCGGUCUCCCCUGGUGAGAAGCAGUCCAUAGUGGCCGAACUCCAAUCUCAAGGAGAAAUCGUCGCUAUGGUUGGUGACGGCAUCAACGAUUCGCCUGCCCUUGCCACCGCCAAUGUCGGUGUCGGUUUGGUUUCUGGAAGCGACAUCGCCGUCGAGGCCGCUGAUAUUGUCAUUAUGCGAUCGGAUGAUAUGCUCAAUAUCCCCGCCUCCUUGCACCUCUGUCGAGUCAUCUUCCGACGCAUUAAAAUGAACCUGAUCUGGGCAUGUGCAUACAACGUCAUCGGCCUUCCGUUCGCCAUGGGCAUUUUCCUGCCCCUGGGCUACCAUAUGCCGCCCUUGAUGAGUGCCACCGCGAUGAUGUUCAGCAGUAUUAGCGUCACCCUGUCAAGUCUGGCGCUCAGAUGGGCUAGCCGACCUAGAUGGUUGACCGUCGAGCACAUGGAGGAGGAGAGCAGUAAGAUCAGUGUGCCCAUCAUGGGACAGAAAGCGAAGCAGAAUUUUGUGAGCAGACUGGUGGACGCGGUCAGUGGUGUCUUUGAUGGGGCGUUAAUAAAGAGGAGAGGGGAAGAAAGGGAUAGAGGAAGUUAUGUCCCGCUCAGGAACGUUGAUGCUGAGGCUGUAUAGGAGAGGUGGUUGUGCCUCGACCACGAAGCUGUGAUUUCUUUGCAUACAAAAUAUAGCGUGUAUACCCAUCAUGUUAUGUGGUUGCUUGUUGGAAUGGUAAGCAACAAGCGGAUCAUACUGUUCGUCACAUUGAGAUAUGUCAUUUCCCUGAACACAAUCACUGGAUAUACUCGAGCUUCAAGCACGAUCUAAAUACC